UGCACGCGUGAAUUCCACAUUUCCGCUGGUGUCUCACGAGGCUUGUCUACUUCCUGUGAACCUUUUGAGCCAGCGACAGGAUUCGUGCAACUCGUGAAACAGAAGUGAUAACAGAUGCAUACUCGUCUGUGACUCCUGGGAGCCGAAUUGGAUUUUCGAUACGAUAUCUUCAACCCAGAUAGGAAUGUCCAGCAACCUGUGUAUUUACUCUAUAUAUACUGAACUCUGACUCACUCAGGUAGUCACUCACUCCCAGUUCUUUAGCUGAACCUUCUGCUUCUGCACAUCGGUCGAUCGAAUGACGGCGACAAGGGGCGUAAUUAAUCUGCCCGGUUCUCCUCUCUCGCCGCCAAGUGGUCGCUGCCCCUCGUCCUCCGGCCUACCAUGCGGGGUGCUGCCCAUGCGGCCGAGCAGAUCUCCCCGGCCUACCGUCGCCACAGGGGCCAAGAACAGGCAGCUGGAAGUCGGAGAAAAUGCUGCAAGUUUGCAAAACCGGCUGGUAGUAUAUACUAACACUACUGGAAUUUUCACGUACGCCGGGUGUAAUGCUCUUCGCCGAGUGUUAGGAUUAAUAAAUGGCAUGGAUCAGAAGAAGGUUAGAGAGACUAGAAGAAAGCAGCAGCUCCAGGAACCCGAACCGGCGCCAUCUUCCCAUAACACCGCAGGGGUGGCUACGGUGGCUCCCUUGCCUUUGCCUGCCUCCCCUCAGAUCCAAUGCUUCCCGACGUCUUCGACAAAUAUACAUCACCAACUAUCCAUGCUGGACGUCCUUGAAAAGAUCGGGAUAUCCCGGCAUUUUGCUGGUGAGAUCAAGAGUGUCCUGGACUUCACUUACAGUCGUUGGUUGCAGAGAGAUGAGGAGAUCAUGCUGGACACGGGGACAUGUGCCAUGGCAUUUCGUAUCCUAAGGAUGAACGGAUACGACGUCUCAUCUGACAGCUUAUCACAUCUUACCGAAGCCUCCGUUCAUCUGAAUGAUACGAGAUCUUUGUUAGAACUAUACAAGGUUUCCCAAGUCAGUACCUCGAAACACGAGUUGAUUCUGGACAGUAUAGGAUCCUGGUCAGGUCGCCUACUCAAGGAACAACUGAGAUCUAGUAAGGCACAAAAAUUGACACCACUCCUAAGAGAGGUAGAACAUGCUCUUGAUAGCCCCUUCUACACUACGUUGGACCGUCUAGAGCAUAAGAUGAACAUCGAACAAUUUGACUUUAUGGAGCAUCAGAUGCUAUACCUCAGGCCUUGGCAGAGAAAUCAAGACCUGCUAGCUUUGGGUGUCAUGGAUUUCAAUACAAGUCAAAUUGUGUGCCAACAAGAGCUUCAACAUCUCGAGAGUUGGGUGAAAGAUAGCAGGUUAGACCAGUUACCUUUUGCACGACAAAAGUUAGCCUAUUUCUACCUCUCUGCCGCCGGCACCAUGUUGCCUGGAGAGUUAUCCGAUGCUCGGAUUCUAUGGGCCAAGAACGGUGCGCUUACGACGGUCGUUGACGACUUCUUCGACGUCGGGGGAUCAAAAAAAGAAUUGGAGAAUCUCACCACAUUAGUUGAGAUGUGGGAUAAGCAUGAGGAAAUUCAGUACUACUCCGAACAUGUAGAGAUUGUUUUUUCUGCAAUCUACAACUCGGUGAACCAGCUUGGAGCAAAGGCUUCUGCGGUGCAGGGCCGCAAUGUCACCAAACACUUUGUAGACAUAUGGCAAGAUUUGAUAAGAAAUAUGAUGACCGAGGUGGAAUGGAGAGAGACCGGAUACAUUCCAACACCAGAGGAGUACAUGGAGAAUGCGGUUGUUACGUUUGCAUUAGGCCCCAUUGUGCUCCCAGCACUCUACUUCAUUGGGCCAAAGAUUACGGAGUAUACCGUCAGAGAUACUGAGUAUAACGAGCUAUUCAGACUAAUGAGCACUUGUGGGCGUCUCCUGAACGAUGUCCAAACUUACGAGAGGGAGUACAUCGACGGUAAAAUAAAUAGCGUAUCUCUGCUCGUUCAUCAUAGUGGUGGCUCGAUGACCAUACCGGAGGCCAGGAAAGAGUUGCAGGAGCCCAUAGACACAUGCAGGAGAGACUUGUUAAGGUUGGUCCUCAAAGAAGACAGCGUCAUGCCUAGACUAUGCAAGGAGUUGUUCUGGAAAAUGUGCAAGACAUGCUACUUUUUUUACUACCAAGGAGACGCGUUCAGCUCGCCAGAGGAGAAGGUUGGUGCGGUGGAUGCGGUGAUCCAUGAGCCGCUCCAGCUCCCCCUGGAUCUACGCCCUGGUCUCGACUUGUCCUAUCUGCAUGAGAGAAAAAAUGAUUGAGUAUUAAUUUUCCUCAUUUGUACAUAUCAUUGUAGGUUUGCUUUGGUACAUCUUUUUUUUUUGUUAUGUUUGGUACAUCUCUUUUUAGAAAAACUAACAGAGUGCCCCUCACAAAUACAAGGGCAUCAUCCCUAAUUAGUGUGUCAAACAUUUUAAGUAUUUAUUAGUAUCUCAUGUAGACAUUGUCUAUUUUUACCUA